CUUCUGACUUUGCUCUACCAGAAAGCUCGAACAUCUCAUCAAUUAGAGAACAAAGAUUUCGCUUAAAUCACUUCAUAUUCACCGUUGGAUCCUUUCCUGAUCUCAAAAUGAACGACACAGAUGUAUCCAAACAGAUCGAACAGAUGGUCAGAUUCAUUCGUCAAGAAGCUGAAGAAAAAGCCAAUGAGAUUUCCGUUUCCGCUGAAGAAGAAUUCAACAUUGAGAAGUUACAACUAGUGGAAGCUGAGAAGAAGAAGAUUAGACAAGAAUAUGAACGCAAAGAGAAACAAGUUGACGUUCGUAAGAAAAUUGAGUAUUCCAUGCAACUAAAUGCCUCUCGGCUCAAAGUUCUUCAAGCUCAGGAUGACUUGGUUAUCUCCAUGAAGGAAGCAGCAGCAAAGGAGAUCUUAAAUGUUAGCCAUCACCACAACCACCAUAGCUAUAAGAAGCUUCUGCAUGGUCUUAUUGUUCAGAGUUUACUCAGACUUAAAGAGCCUUCUGUACUGCUGCGUUGUCGAAAAGUUGAUGUACAGCUGGUAGAAGAUGUUUUGGAUGCAGCAAGGGAGGAGUAUGCAGAGAAGGCUAUGGUCCAUGCACCUGAGAUCAUAAUUGACCACAUCCACCUUCCGCCAGCCCCAUCUCAUCAUAAUGCACAUGGUCCUUCUUGCUCUGGAGGAGUGGUACUGGCUUCUCGAGAUGGGAAAAUUGUGUGUGAGAACACGCUUGAUGCCAGAUUGGAAGUUGUUUUCCGUAAAAAAUUACCAGAGAUCCGCAAGUGUCUAUUUGGUCAGGUUGCUGCUUGAGGGGCUGAAACUUUAUCUGUAUUUAUGACCUGUCAGAUUCUGAGAUUGGCUAUCGGUUAAUAAAUUAUACUCAUCAAAGGCUUGCUUGUGUACCAUUUCAUUUCUAAAAGACGUACUGCCCAGUUUUUCUGGUGCUAAAUGAUCCUUAAUAUUCUAGCAUUAAGCUUUAAUACUUUUGUUCCAUUAUAAUGUUCUGCGACAAGUGUAUGUUGGUUGAUCUGAGUUUGUUUGGUUGAAACAAUAAAACGAUACGAGUGGUAGCCCUCUGUAGUUCACUGCUGUUUAAUAUAAGUUUUAACAAUUGAUUUAUUCA